GCCCCUUUAAAUAGUUCAGGGUGUUCUCUCUCAGGCCACCAUGACAUAUCUGGGCGUUGGAACGGGGGCCGAAUAAACCGAGUAAGCACGAGAUCUGCGCUAGCAGUAAAGGGAUUGCAAACAGCUGGGGCUUGUCCCAUUCGCUGAUAUACACCGGAGUGGUUUGCGACGGCUUUGGCUAGGCGGGACUCGGUUCCUGGAGUUUAAACCACCGGGUCCUCUUGUUUGAGGGAAUACUGCUGCAAAGGAAGCGCGCGGUUUUUCAGCCUUGAUCUACUGAACACUUUUGCCAAAAUGCUCCUUUUGUUGUUGGGAAUCAUUGUGCUCCAUAUCUCGGUGCUUGUUCUUCUCUUCGUUUCUACAAUUGUCAGUCAAUGGCUCGUUGGGAACGGACACAGGGCAGACCUUUGGCUGAACUGCACCAUUCCUGUGUCUCCAUUUCGUUGCACAUCAUCAUCCACAAAUGAAUGGCUGCAAUCUGUUCAAGCUUUGAUGAUACUUUCUGUCAUCUUCAGUGUUAAGUCUUUAUUCCUGUUCUUCUGCCAGCUCUUCACACUCACUAAAGGUGGACGUUUCUACCUUACUGGUAUUUUCCAGAUCCUUGCUGGCCUGUGCGUGAUGAGUGCUGCGGCCAUCUUCACCGUGAGGCACACAGAGUGGCAUCCCUCCACAGACAACGUCUCCUUUGGCUUUGCCUACAUUCUGUCCUGGGUGGCUUUCCCGCUGGCUAUCCUUAGCGGGGUGAUCUAUGUCAUCUUGAGGAAACGCGAGUGAAAUGUCAAGGGAGGUCACUGAGACUUAGAGCCCUCAGGACAAGAGGUGUUGGCAAAAUAGAAAAUGAAAAACCAAACACUUUCUCCCUCCCCCCCCAAACCACCAACCCCAUCCACUCCCUUGCCCCUUCAAAACCCACAAAGAUAUUAAGGGGAAAAAAAGGAAGAAAGAGAGCUGAAAGAAGGAUUACUGUAUUCAUUGGAGAUGUAUAUAGUAUCUAUGGUUUAAAAAGCCUAUUUAUAACACUUUUUACAUAUAUGUACAGAGUACUGUUUGCUUUUGUUUGUUGACCUGCCACCAUGUCUAAAGCCUAAAAAAGUGCCUAAGAACUCUUAACUCCUAACAAUGUAAUGAGAAUGCCGCUUUUUCCUCCCUAUCUUUAUGCUGUGGAAGCAAGCGGAUCCCUCCUCCAAAGCUUUCCACUGUCAACCUCAAGCCAAGCCCAGUUUGAGAACCCUCCAUCUGGCCCCUCCAGCUAAGUAUGGUCUUGUACCCUGGCACCUGCCUUAGCCCAUGUCUGCAUUAUGGCCCUUUUAACCAAAUGAUGGAGACCAAAUGCUAUACAGAAAGGGGAGGAACUUCUACCUGAAAGCAGAUGGUGUAUUAAGGGUGGGCGAGCCCAGCUUCUCAACUGCUUGGGAUGAUAACCAAGUUGUGGAGGAUUGAAUGAGGUACAUUGCCUCAGUGAUGCAACCCAAAGCUCUUUGCCACUGUUAUCAUCACCUAAAGCCACCUGGUAUGAUCACCCGAGUUCCUUGUAGGACAGAGGUGAUGCAAAGAACCUGAAUUAGGCCUCAGUCUUGGGAAGGAAGGAAAUGUUUGCAUAUCUUAGAUCAGCCAAGGCUAGCACGGAAGCUGAGUUAGUUGAAAGGGACACUAUGGGCGGGAUGAUGAUCUCAAAUAAAAACCUCUGAGAUUUUUAACUAGCUUAGUGGUUCUCCUUCAGCUAUGCCACCUGAUCUUCAGAAAAGACUUUCCUCUGUUUCCUGGAGAAUAAGCAAAAGUGAAAAAGUUGAAUGACGCUUUCUAAGCUCUAUGGUUCACCCUCGUCCCUUUCCCAAGAUCCUCUGAAAUCAAAUACCAAAUACGUGAAAUGGUGCUAUCUAUUUACCAUUCCUUAUAUCGCUAAGCCAUUUAACCGUUGCUCACUGGAAAUUGCGGUAACCAUUUUGAGAAAAGCCAAGGAAUAGGAAUGAUAAAUAAUUCUGUGUAAUAUAUACAACCUAUAACUGCUUUUGUAUGUAGGAAAGUCGCUAUCCAUUAUUAUUAUUACUAUUUUUUUAAUAAAGCACUUAUAACCAAGGAUUUUUUUUUUCUUGUUCCCUUCAUGGGCAGAAGGGAAGUAAGCAACCUGUAGAGCUUACAGAAUCUGCUGCCUCUCCCCCCAAAAAAGCUGCCUCUGUAACCUUUUUCUGUGCUUCCAGAGAUGUCUGGGAAUGAACUGUACAGGUGACCAGAGCAGUAAAGGCAAUGCCGUCUAAUCCUAAAACUCCAGGCUUUAUUAUGCAAUUAUUUCUCUUUGCUUUUCUGAUUUUAUACCAGCUGUGUGGACUAAGAAGCAACAAAAUAAAAGCCAGAAUAACUCAA